AUAAAACAAGGGUACAAUUUGUAUAGAAGUUGCAACAUUGUCGAGAUCAUUUGUUUACGUUGUGUAGUACUAGCUGCCACUUGGAAAUUACUAUACUCAAUUAACAAUUCAUUUAAUAAUUUUUGGCCUCUGAGAAUUUGAAUGGCUCCCCAACCGGUCGUAACUGGUCUUUCACCCAAAGAGGGUCCCCCCGGAACUCGUGUUAUAAUACGUGGAGAGUUCUUGGGCACUAGAGCUACUGAUCUCAUAGGUCUGAAAAUUUGCGGAUUUGAUUGCUUGCUAUCGGCUGAAUGGAAAUCGGCAAAUAAAAUAAUUGCCCGCACAGGCCCCGCAAAGGGCAAAGGCGACAUUAUUGUCACAACAAUUAGUGGUGGUGAAGGCACAUCCACAGUGCAAUUCCGUGCUUAUCACGAAACAAUAGGCCCUUUGAAAGAGUCGGCAGUAUGGAUAGAAGAAUCACCAUCGCAAAAUUUUGCUUGGGGUCGUCGCACUCUGGCACAAUCGGUAUUGACGCAAGAAGAUCCGCUGGGUUUAUCCAUUGAAGGUAAUGAACAAAAAAUACCAGAAGACUUGCGUGACUUAUUUCCCGAAGCAAGUGGUGACUUAUCGCAAGAGAACUUUUCACCAUCGUGGUUUUUGCUCGAAAACCACUUGGCUACAUCUUUUGAGGACUUGAAAGCUGGUCUAGCAUAUUUAAAGCGAAAAGUGGAAAGUCAAAAAGAGGGUCAGUUAUCAUUUUUAAAAUCAAAUGCGGGCUCUGUGAUUGAUCAAUUAGAUACUCUGAUGAAUAUAAAAGACAAGUUGCAAGAGGACACACGAAUUUUCGGUACAGAGCCGCUAAAUGUGCUGGAGAACUCAAUCGAGAAUUCCAUAUCUGAAUCAAAAAAUAUCUUCACGGAAGUACUAUUGCGCAAGGAAAAAGCAGAUUCCACCCGCGCAGUUCUCUUUGCACUAUCGCGUCAUAAAUUUUUAUUUUGCUUACCGAAUUCGGUUGAACGACGUGCGGAGGCGGGCGAAUAUGAUAUUGUUGUGAAUGAUUAUGCUCGCGCCAAGAAUUUAUUUGGAAAAACCGAAAUACCAAUGUUUCGACGUGUACUUGAGGAGGUGGAUCAGCGCAUUCUACAGAUACGAAAGCAGUUGCAUGAAAAAGUAGUCAAGAUGCCACAAAGUGUGGAACAGCAAAAGAAACUAAUAAAGGCUUUAACCAGUCUUGAAGUACAACAAAACGGCACGAGCAUUGGUGAUCGCAUACGUAAUGUUGAUCCCGCUUGGGAUGCCAUUGAAGCACGUGCAAAGUAUUUGGAAUACACAUUUAAGCAAACUUUUGAACAGUAUGCUUCUAAGGACGCCGGUGGGCAAGAAAAAUCUAAAAACCGCGAUAAUUCCAAUCAGCCACAUAACCGUGUGUUGUUCUGUGAAGAAAUUUGUGAUAUCGCCGCAUCGCAAUUACCCGAUUUAUGGCGCUUAGGGCAGUUAUAUUUCACUGGAGAGCUACGUGGUGCACACGAUCCUAAGCCAGGUGAUUUUAAGCGUAUGAUUUUAAAUGCUAUUGAAAAAUUCUGCGCCUACUUGCGUGUCGCCGUGUUAAUUGCUUCAGAUUUGCGUGCGCUGCGUCAAACAAUAGGUUUGGCUUGGCCCAUCGGUUCAUCAUCGGCCACACAUCAGUUUCUACCAUGGAUAUCGCAGUGCUUGCGUUAUACGCGCAUCACAUACGCCACUCUUAUACGUUUAGAUCUGCCAUCUGAAGCGCUGGACAUCAUACAGAAAUUGAUCGAUGAAAUACGUAUUUUCUGCUUUUCAAUAACAUUUAAACGGGCUAGUGACCGCUGUAAGAAGUUGGGUGAAGAAGAAACUUGGGAAAUGGACGUAGAGGACUUUCCGGGCGCUACAAUGUUGCCAAAUUGUUUGGAAAAAUUGUUGUUGGAGACGCUGGAUGAGGCGCAAAAUGCUUGCAUGAAUCCGGAAAUAAGGGAAGGUAACUUAUUGGAACCGCAGUCGGAUGGUCAGCGGGAAGUGUCACAACGUUUGCAAGAAUUCUUAUCCACCUUCUGUGGUGUUAUUGAAGAGUUGGCCUACCAGUCACACGACGAAGAGACACCCACUCACAACGUGUCUCAACUCAUUGGUUAUCCAAAUGUACAACAGAGCGCACUAAUGUCUGGACGUUUUUGGAAUUCCAGUACUAUAACCUGGGAGCAGCGUAUGCUUUGUUGUCUCGCCAAUUGUGCAUAUUGCAACAAGAGUUUCUUUCCACACGUUGGCGACAUAUUUGUCAAAUAUGGUUACCCCUUGCCGACACUGGCAAUUGAAACGUCGCGUUAUUCCGUUAAUCAGUUGUUUACAAAUCUCUUGGAUGCAUAUGUGGAACACAAAGUGGACCCAUUGGUCGGCACAAUAGAGCCAUCAAUGUAUUUGGGGCGAUUCCAAUGGGAUAACGAAAUGGAAAUCGGCAAGUUGCGUCCAUACGCGCACGAAUGCUGUGACAACUUGGUAGGUGUUUAUUCCGAAAUAUACACAAUAUCGCCGGCCUUGUUGCGUCCCAUACUUGAACCGAUUGUGCUUACCGUUUCGGAGGAGUUGGCGCGCUUAAUGAGUUGCGUGCAAGAAUUUAGCUACACUGGCGCUAUUCAAGCUAAUGUGGACAUACGCUUGAUAAGGGACGCCUUGAAGUUUUAUACAAACGAAACGGCAAAAAAUUAUUUCCUCGAAGCCUUGGAGGCUAUAAAACCACCACUUAAUACGGAGCAAUUGCGUAAGAGCGACGAAAUAUUGGAACGUGUUAAGACUUGCAUGAAACUGCAAUUGAUGUGCUUUUCCGUCAAGGAUCCAUAAAUUUCGUAGUGACUACGAAAUUACUAUAAUAUUUAAUUUUAAGCUUUCAGAUCCGCUUGCACCGUGUCAAUACGAAAUUUCGACAAACCAUAAGCUUUCACCUGCAUCAUACUCAACGUGCCCAUACCG